AUGGCCCGGGCCGGCGCCCUCCUGCUCGCCUGCCUGCUCCUCGCCGCCGCGCUGCCGACGACGCGGGCGCUGCCGCUGCCGGCCAAGGAGAAGAGAGGCUGGACUCUGAACAGCGCCGGUUACCUGCUGGGCCCACACGCCAUUGACAACCACAGGUCCUUUAACGACAAGCAUGGCCUCGCUGGCAAGCGGGAACUCCCACCGGGAGAGCCCCUCAAGCCAGGGGCUUCUGACACGUCGCUGUCCGAGGCCGCGGUGCGCUCACUCAUGGACUUCCUCACGUUCCUGCGCCUCAAAGAGGCUGGCGCCCUGGACAGCCUGACCGACCUCCCCGUGGCAGGAUCGUCAGAGGACGCCGGGUGGUCCUGA